AUGGCAGACAAGGAAUAUACAGAGUAUGUACAAAAAGGAGAUUUACCAGAUUCUAUCGGUAACCUGACCAACUUGUCCGAAUUAGAUCUUUCAUAUUCUCAAUUUUCUGGACAACUUCUAUGCUCAAUUUCAAAACUCACUAAACUCACUUAUCUGGACUUGUCAAUGAACAACUUUAGAGGUCCAAUUCCUUCGCUCGGUACAGCCAAGAAACUCACGUACUUGGACCUUUCUGAUAAUGUUUUAAGUAGCCAAAUUUCAUUACCUGGUCAAUUUGAAGGACUACAAAAUCUAGUCAGCAUUAAGUUGCACAAUAACUCCAUCAAUGGCAGCAUUCCUUCCUCUCUUUUUAUGCUCCCAUCUUUGCAAAUCAUUGAUCUUUCCAACAAUCAAUUCAAUCAAUUGGGUGGCAUACCUGACAAAUUUUCAACAAUGUGUGCUUUAAGGACACUGGAUCUCCAUGGAAAUCAAUUAGAUGGAUCAAUGCCAAAGUCUCUAGCUAAUUGCAUGAGAUUGAAGGUGCUAGACCUUGGAAACAAUCGUGUUAUAGAUGGCUUUCCAUGUUCAUUGAAGAAAAUAUCCAUGCUUCAUGUCUUGGUCUUGCGAUAA